AACAUCAUCGCGCAUAUUUUUGGUGUCUCCUGCCUGACUACGCCGCUUCUUGCUUCUUCAUUCUAUCCUAUCGUCAUCCUCAUUUUCUCAAAAUCUCUAAAUGAAUUUUUUCGGACCUUCUCAUUUAGCUGAUGGGCGAUAAGGGCGGAGUUAUUUUUGGAUUGGGUGACGAUGAAACGACAAGAAUUGAAAUAGAUACAAAAAUCUCAUCUUCAGUUCCUUUCGGUUUUCUGACUGGGGAUCAUUCAAGUUUAGUCUUCAAUCACGUUGACUCCGAUCAAAUUGUAUACAACAGCCAUUUCAAACAACCAAAACUCAUCGGCAAAUAUUUGCUGGGUGAUAUAUUAGGUGAAGGUUCUUAUGGUAAGGUCAAAGAAUGUUUGGAUUCUGAGACCCUAGCAAGGCGGGCCAUUAAAAUCUUUAAUAAAAAAAAGUUGAAAAAAAUUCCAAAUGGUGAAGCUAAUGUUAAAAGAGAACUACGACUAUUGAAACGACUGCACCAUCCAAACAUCAUCGAAAUAUACGACGUACUCAGAAAUGAUGAAAAACAAAAACUCUACAUGGUCAUGGAUUAUUGUGUCAUUGGACUACAGGAAUUGUUGGAAAGCACUUCAGCCAAAAAAUUUCCUAUUUAUCAAGCCCACAAUUACUUCUGCCAGUUGAUAGAAGGACUGAGCUAUCUGCAUGGAAAGGGCAUUAUACACAACGACAUCAAGCCGGGCAACCUUCUACUCACAAACAAUGGGACACUUAAAAUUACUGAUUUAGGUGUCGCUGAAGCCCUUGAUUCCUUUGCCCCCGAUGACACGUGCACCUUGAGCCAGGGCUCACCAGCGUUUCAACCGCCUGAGAUUGCUAAUGGGGAAGAUAAGUUUUCCGGAUACAAAGUUGAUAUUUGGUCGUCUGGUGUUACUCUGUACAAUCUGACCACUGGCAAGUACCCAUUUGAGGGUGAGAACAUUUACAAGCUGUAUGAGAACAUUGGCAAGGGAGUCUACACCAUUCCAACGGGAGUCGAUGAUCUCCUUCAAGAUCUCCUUAAAGGUCGUUUGUUGGCAUUCGAUCCAAAGAGAAGAUUUUCACUGCAGGAAAUUAAAGCGCAUGCGUGGAUGCGCAAGAAACACUCGCGCAUUCUCUACGAGGAAGUGAAGAUUCCACCGAAGCCUGACUCAUCCGACCCCCACAGAGGUAUGACCGUUGUCAACAGCCUCUGCGACCUCUUCGACCUGGCCGAGGAUCCCAACGAAGACUUCAACAACUUUCCAAGCAUCCAGGAGAGGUCGUUGUUAGAGGAGGAAGAGGAGGAGAUGAUGAUGAGGGGGAGGCAGGAUGGAGGUGCUAUUAUGGGGGUGCACAUUGAGGGGGCGGGUGAUCGCAGGUUGGACGGAGGGAAUGGAGUCAAAGACACAUCCGGGUUAUCUCUUGGGAAUGUAAAUGAAAUGAGUUGCUCUCCAACCAAUGGCGGGCGGGCCACAAGUUCAUCUGAAGGAAAGGCAGCCACCAAGAAAUCAACAUCACACAAGUCCAAACCAACUUCAUCAUCGUUAACUACAACAGCCACAACUUCAACAACGCAACCGCAACAACAGCAACAACAACACCAACAACAUCAUCAUAAGAAAUCAAGAACUCGAAGUUCCAGGUUCAAGUGUCGACAGUCCUGAUACAUUUUAUUUGAAAUAUUAUUACUUCAAUAAUUCAAUUGUUACUACAGAACCUUAUUAAUAUUUUUAUUUUAAUUCCUAAUUGAAUGGCGGUUAACAUCAACGUCACCUUUACGAUCAUCAUAUUUUUGUAUUGUUUGUUCAUUAUUUGAAAUAGGUUUCUUCAUCGUCAGCUGCACGGUGGUAGAUUCCACCUUAAAAUAUUCAGCGAUUUGGUCAUUCGAAUGUGUAAAUAUGUUUCAUCAACAUUUUGUCGAUA